CCCCCCUGCUCCCUUUGGGGCGUGCCCUGAGAUCCCAAGAGAGAGAGAGGAGGGGGAGAGGGAGAGGGUUUCACCUCCCUAGAAGAAUCGCAGCUAUGCGAACGAGACGCGGCUUCUGCUACCCCUGUCCCGAUUCCGAGACCCAGUCGAAGGAGGCGGAGGAAAGGGUUGGGAGUGUCGGGAGGAAGAGGAGCUGGAUGGGAGAGGAAUCGGGCCGCCGGAAGAGGCCGCGCGCGGCGUCGCCGGCGGAGGAAGGUGCGGCCGCUGGGGGAACGACGGCGGAGAGCUUUUUCGACAACCUCCCAGAUGAUCUCGUGGUCUUCAUCCUUUCCAAGCUCAGCCACUCCACCUCCUCCCCUUCGGAUCUCGUCAGCAUCCUCUUGGUAUGCAAGAGGCUCAAUAAAUUGGGGAUGAAUCCCCUGGUGCUGUCGAGGGUCUCGGCGAAAGCGCUUGCAAUUAGGGCGAAGAACUGGUCGGACUCGGCGCACAAAUUCUUGAAGCAGUGUGCCGAUGCAGGAAAUCUCGAAGCGUGUUUUAUCCUCGGCACGAUCCGGUUCUACUGCCUGGAGAACAGAGGAAGCGGGGCGUCGCUGAUGGCGCGGGCGGCGAUCGGGUUGCACGCGGCGGCGAUGUACUCCUUGGCGGUGAUUCAGUUCAACGGCAGCGGAGGGUCGAAGAACGACAAGGACCUCCGCGCCGGCGUGGCCCUGUGCGCCCGCGCGGCGACGCUCGGCCACGUCGACGCCCUCCGCGAGCUCGGCCACUGCCUCCAGGACGGCUACGGCGUGCGUCAGAACGUGGCGGAGGGGCGGCGGUUCUUGGUCCAGGCCAACGCACGGGAGCUCGCGGCCGUGCUUUCCUCCACCGCCGACGCCGCCGCGUGGCAGGCCCACCGCCACCACCGGUUCUCGGCUGGGGGCGCCGCGUGCUCUCUGCUCAGCGAUUUCGGGUGCAACGUGCCGGCGCCGGAGGCCCACCCGGCCAACCGGUUCCUGGCGGAGUGGUUCGCUAUGAGGGGCGGGGCCGGCGGGGAGGGGCUGAGGAUGUGCUCCCACGUCGGUUGUGGGCGGCCGGAGACGCGGCGGCACGAGUUUCGCCGGUGCUCGGUCUGCGGCGCUGUGAACUACUGCUCUCGGGCGUGCCAGGCCCUCCACUGGAAGCUUGCCCACAAGGUCGAGUGCGCCCCCAUGGACCAGUGGCUCGACGCCCCCGCCGCUGCCGCCGCCCUCGGCGGCGGUGCAGGUGGCGGACCACCGCCGGAGAACGGCACAGGCGCGGUUAACUAGAAAUAGAUGGAGAAGCAGAGAGAAGAUCGAAGUCGGUUUUUUGUUCUUUGUAAUUUUCAUUUUGUUUUCUAAAUUUGUUUUCAUGUUUUUUCUUCUUUUUGUACAGCUGCUGAAAAUGUUUUCUUUUUUUAACCAAAAAAAAAAUGUUUUCUUCCGAGUUUAAAGCAUACAUAAUGACAUUUGAUUACAGUGACCAUCUGACGGAGCCGUUACGGCAAACAUCUCUAUUACAAAAUAAGGCCAUAAUAAUAAAAACUUACAUAAUAAUAAUAAUAACAACAAUAAGAGAAAUAUUUAUUUUUAUUGUUACAGGAAGAAUAAAUGAAUAAUGGCAGAGUGGUAGGUUUUUUUUGAUGGAUACAGUGUCUACUAGCUGUGAAUUCUAUUAUUAUAUGACUAUAAAUAGAAGAAACGAGGGAAGUAUCUGAGUAAAAGGAUGUGUUUUAUAAAAUGAUGAAUUUUCUUCA